AGUCCGGCCGCGGGGAGGCCUCGGCUGAGCCAGGAGCGGAGAGAGGAAAAGAUGUUUUCCAGAAACUACUGACCCCAGACUUCCCAAAGACCUGCUUCAGCAGAGCCCUGAUAUUUUGUAUUAGAAACACCAGGAGAUUAAAGAGGACUGGCAAUUAAAAAUCUGACCUGGAAUGGCCAGUCAACAAGCAGAAGUUCAGAGUUUGAAACUAGAUAAUGAUUCGGUUAUAGAAGGAAUAAGUGACCAGGUACUGGUGGCUGUUGUGCUCAGUUUCACUUUCAUUGCUGCUCUGGUGUAUAUGCUCUUAAGAAAUGAGCACCAGAACAUUCAUCCAGACAACCAAGAGCUAGUGAGGGCACUUCGGCAGCAGCUUCAAACAGACCAGGAUGCAUCUGCUGGUGAUAGACAUCGUUUCUAUACUGACAUGUCCUGUCCAGUCUGUUUACAGCAGGCUACGUUUCCCAUUGAAACAAACUGUGGACAUCUUUUCUGUGGUGCCUGCAUUAUUGCAUACUGGAGGUAUGGCUCGUGGCUGGGUGCCAUCCGUUGCCCAAUCUGCAGACAAACGGUAACAUUGUUUUUACCGCUCUUUGGUGAAGAUCAGCAGGAUGCAGCACAAGUGCUUCAAGAUGUUAACGAUUACAACCGGAGAUUCUCAGGACAGCCCAGAUCUAUUAUGGAAAGAAUUAUGGAUUUACCCACUUUACUGCGGCAUGCUUUCAGGGAGAUGUUUACUGUAGGGGGCCUUUUCUGGAUGUUCCGUAUCAGAAUAUUCCUCUGCCUGCUAGGAGCUCUGCUCUAUCUGGCUUCACCUCUGGAUUUUCUUCCUGAAGCCCUCUUCGGAAUUCUGGGAUUUUUAGAUGAUUUCUUUGUCAUCUUUCUGUUGCUAAUAUACAUCUCUAUCAUGUACCGAGAAGUGAUAACGCAGAGACUGAAUAGAUGAGUGGAAACAAUCAUGACACAGAUGUUUGUGUGGAAAGCUGAACAAAGGGACCCAUGACACAGUAUGACGUAGUAAAGCACCUAUAUAAACUUUCAGUUUUUGCAAUUAAAUAGCUUGUAGUCAAUUAUUUUAUGCAAAUGUGAGGGGUUAAAAUGUGGUGAUGCUUAACUGGAAUCUUUAAUUUGUGUGUUACAUACGCUUAAAUAUUGAAGAGGUUAGAUUUAUGAUGUAAUAAAUUACCUACAUCUGCUUACACCCAAUGAGCAAUUGUAUGUAAUGCAAGAUAAUGCUAGUUAUAAAACACCUCUUCGUGUGUAGUUUGUGAAAGGGAAGUUCUAUUUAAGUGAUGUCAGGACUUCAAACAAAAAAGAAUUCAGAUUAGCUUGACGCAUUAAGACACUUCAAUAUUUAGUUUAUCAAAUUGCUUAAUUCUCACUGUGGUGGGUCAAAGUAUUUUUAAAUAACAAUCGUUUUUCAUAUCCGUCUAUGCAAGAAGAAACCCCCAAAGACAGCAUUACAGUUGACAUAAUGAAUUUGACUGCUGGACACAAUUCAUAUUGCACAAAUAGAGGAAAAAACACUUCAGUAUUGCUUUAACUGCACUAUGUAUAAUGAUAUGUAUUUCCAAUGAUUUUACUUUUCAGUUUUGGGGAAAAAAGGCUUUCUAUUAGGGUCAAGAUGAAGAAACCAGGAAUAGUCAACACUUUGGUGACCGGCACUGAGUAAUAUUUUUUUACAUAGGUUUUGUGUACAUUAGCAGUAUUUGAAUGUCGGGUAAGUUGCACUGUUGUAAGCCCUACUUUAUAUACCCGUGCAACACAUUUAAAUGGGGGGUUUGCAUCAGGGCAGCUACAUCAAAGUAAUUUACCACUGCAAAAAAAACCUUAGGUUUUUAGUAGCAAUUUGUUUAAAAGUGGGAAUCCAAAGUGUAUGUCAUAACUGGAUAAUUUUUACACUUAACAUUUUACCUGACUAUGGAUGGUAAUUAAAGUAUUUAGAUAAAACCAGUAACUAUUCUUUCUCACAGGUUUGUACCAAUAAGUUUAAAACAAAACAAAACAGUAUCAUGGGGCCAUAGAAAUCUGCUAGAAAAUUAAAAAUCGGUAAGAUUUUUUUUUUUUACCCCAAAUGUUUGGAAUUUGUGGCUAUUUUUAACACCAGAUAUCACAAGCUACAAGGUGAAUGAUUUGAAAAUAUUUUCAUUUUAUGAAAUCAGUGCUGCUAGAAAACUCAAAAUCCUCAAGCCAUUCUGUGGGAAUUCAGUACUGUCUAACUGGAGGAAAGAAAUAUUUUUGAAGCAAAAUAGCAAACAUUCUAACUUUCUGAAUACUUGAAAAUAAAAUUAAUAGAAUAAGCGAUCCUUCGUAUGUUUACAUAAUGUGGGUGGGACAUAUUUUGAAAUGGCCUCCAUUAAUAUAGUCUCCAUUUUCUGAUCAUGCAAAUAUAUGUGCAUACAGUUUUGAGUGCUUAUACAUGUGUAGGAAGAGGAUGGGAUUUUUUCAUUGAAUGCUUUUGGUUAAUGGGUUUUGCAGAGUCUGUCAGUUUUGUGGUGUUGUAUCAGUGCUUAAAGUGCACAUCACUGGUUUUGCCUUUAUAAAUAUAAGAUGGGGUGGUGGUUGUUGUUUUCUUAAAUUUGCCCUUGAAUAUCCAAAGUCAUGUUAUGAUUUAACUGGAUUGUUGAACCUUUCUUCGGACAUAUUUUUUAUUUGAGAUGGGUGAAAAGAGAAAAUGGAGGUGAUAAAAACAAAAAAAUUAAAAAAGAAAAAGACAUGGUAAUAAGUGUAUGCUACUGGCUUUGGCUGCCUUUAGUGUUUUUUAGCACCUCAUCUUUUCCCUUCAUUUUGUCAUCACUAAUAUACGAUGACAACUUGCUGGCUACCUCAGUUAAAUGUCAACAUGCCGAUACUACAGUAUGUGAAUCUUGCUUGAUAUUCAAGGAACUUAAAUCCUGCCUGUUAUAUGCACAUUUAAGAUGACAAAGCAAGAUAUUAUGGAGAGUCAGGGGCACAGAUCUGCACAUUGUUGCUGUUGGCAAAGCUCUCCAAGAGGUCCCACCUGCUCCUUUUAGCUGGUGGCAAUAUUGAAAAGAUGAUUGUAGGACUGAUAAAGUUAUCCUCGUACAUCGUUUGGGGCUUGGCCAUCAUGAGUCCUGUGGUCACAAAUAACUUCCUCUUUAUUUCCCAAGAGAACUGUACAGAUUAGUCAUUUGGGUAAGGGGAAUCCUUUCCUAACCUUGCUAUCCCAUUUCUUUGUUUCUCCCACAGAUGUCUUCACAUUUUUACCCGUGCCACUCUUUACAGCUGGAAUGCCCUCCCUCCUCUGAUCCACAAGACACUCCCUGAAUCUCCUCAUUCAAAGCCCUCCUUAGACCCACUUCUGCCAUGAUGCCUAUGCAAAAUUAGCCAACUAAGGAGUCUGUUCAUAAACACUCCCUUUAGUAUGUGAGCUCAUGCACAAGCUGUCACUGAGUAAGUGCAUAAUCUUACUGAUGUUACUCUGUUUCCUCCCCUGCCCCUUCCUUUCCGUCUUGCCAGGCCAUGCCUAAUUUUAAGCUCUCUGGGGCCAAGGAUCCUGUCAUCUUUCUGAGUGGGAGGCACUCAGCUCACCUUUGGGUGCCAAUAGAAAUAAUAUAGGCUUCAGCAAAGCACUUAAGGAUGUGUGUGUAAGUGCUUGGCUGAAUUGGGGCUGCCUAUCCUACCUGUAAAAACUAGGCCAGUUGAUGAUAUGCUAAACCCAUCAUGUGUUUGUAGUAUGGACAUUUUAAGUAUGUAGUUUGACUGACAGUUUUCAGCGCUCUGUAUGGUUAAGAAGGCGAGUGCUGUGCUCAGCUCGGUUAUACAGGAGCAGAGGAUGCAGCCAGUAUGCUGAAUUUGCUCAUUUACUUUGCAUCCAUGCAUCCCUGCAUAGAUAGCUUCCUUGUCAAGGAGAAAAUUCUUCACCAAACCACUGAUUAUCAGUAUUUAUGGAAAGAAUGACUGGAUCACGCUGCCCUUAUUUCAGCUGAUUCUGUUGUUGUGUGGCAAUGUGUGUAUAUAGAAGCAUAUGUAUUUUUCAUGCACUCAACGCUGUGGUAUCUGAGCACCUGUAUGGAUGCUUCUGUAAUUCUUCACAGUAAAUGUAAAUUGCACUUACAAAGCAAUGCUCAACAAUCCUCCUCCUUUGAAUAGAUGCAGACCUGUGUUCCACUUAGGUGUGUGCAUGCCCAGUGCACAGGAACCAGAGACUUUUGCCUAGCAGUCCCGGUAGAGGGGUGGCUCCUCCUCUGGCGAUAUAAGGUGGUGUCAAUCUUAACCCCCUCAGUUCCUUCUCACUGCCAGUUGCUGGAGUCUUUGCUCCACUCCCUCUGUCUCCCUGUCCCUUUGGGUGUUGGCUGGUCUACUAUCAGAUCGGGCAACACAAUCCAGUUCUUCUCCAUGCCCUGUUCACACCUCUCUUUCCCCGUCCCUCCUCAGGGACCUGUCUCACAAGACACUGCUCACCAAGUUGGUCAGCUCUCUCUUGAAGUUGGGAGCGGUGGAGAAAGUUCCACAAGAACACUGAGGCGACAGCUUUGACUCCUGGUACUUCCUGAUUCCUAAAUCCCAGGGCAGGAUGAGACCCUUUCUUGACCUUUGUGGCCUCAACAAAUUCAUCAAGUACAUGAGAUUCCGCAUUGUCACUCUAUCAGCAAUCCUCCCCACGCUAUCUCAGAAUGACUGGUUUGCUGCUCUGGACCUUCAGGGCGCUUACUUUCAGGUGGUGGUUCUGCUGGGCCACAGGAAGUUUCUGCAUUUUGUGGUAGGAGAACACCACUUUCAGUAUAUGGUUCUCCCAUUCGGCCUCUCUUCUGCCCACUGAUCUUCACCAAAUGCAUGGCGAUGGUCUUGGCAUAUUUCAGGAAGAAGGGAAUCCACAUUUUCCUGUACCUCAACUGGUUGCUGAAGGGUGUCUCUGGAGAGGAGGGUCUCUACCACAUGGACACAGUGUUGCGUUUGCUCGACCAUCUGCGACUCAUUUUAAAUACUGCAAAGUCAACCUUGUCUCCCACUCUUGAAAAUCAAAUCCAUUGGGGCCCUGUUAGAUUUCAUGAGGUCCAGGGCGUUCCCGACGACCGAUGGCUUCGAGGCAGCUCCACAGAUGUUCCUCAGUCUACAAUCUCAGCCCUCCAUGACAGUCCGUGUGUGUCUGAGCCUGUUGAGCCACAUGUCCACUUGCACGCAGGUGGUCCACUUCGCCAGGUUGCGCCUUCUCCCUCUUCUAAUGUGGUUCAGAACAGCAUACCGCCUUGAAUUCUCUGGACAGGGUGGUUCACCUUUCUUCACCAGUCCUAGAUGCCUUGUGCUAAUGGGAGUCCCCACACAGUGUGUGCCAAGGAAUCCCCUUCGCUCAGCCCUCUCGGACCAAGUCAGUGGUUACUGACACUUCCCUUCUGGGUUGGAGGGCACAUCUGGACUUGUUGAGGGUGCAGAGCCUGUGGUUGGAACAGGAAGCCUCACUCUAUAUCAAUGAGUUGGAACUUCAGGCCAUCCACAGUGCAUGUCAUGCCUUCCAAGACUGCAUCCAGACAGUCAGUGUUUCACAUACUCACCGGCAAUACCACCACAGUGUACUCUGUGAACAAGCAAGGAGGAGCACAUUCUAGGUUACUCUUCUUGGAGGUGAUCAACCUAUGUUAAUUUUGCAUCAAAGACGACAUCACCCCCGUAGCAGUCCAUUUACUGGGUAUGCAAAAUCGUCUCAUGGACCAGCUCAGCAGAGUUUUCUCCCAGAGCCACAAGUGGUCCCUGAAGGGGAGUGUUCUCUGGGUCAUCUUUGCAACAUGGGGCAUCCCUGCAAUUAACCUGUUUGCAAUGAGGGAGAACAGGAAAUGUCAACUAUUCUGCUCUUGAGAGGGCCUUAGCCUGAGAUCCCUCUCCAGCACCUUCCACUGCACCUGGCAGUUGACUCUUCUGUAUUCCGGUCAUUCCACGAGUCAUCCUCAAGCUCAAAGUGGAUCGAGCCAAGUGCAUCCUCGUUGCUCCUGCGAGACACUGCUGGUUCUCAGAUCUCCUUGCUCUGUCAAUUCAACCUCCCAUUUCACUUCCUCUCCAUCCCGACCUGCCCAUGCAGAACCACAGCCCAACCUUCCAUCCUGCAAUCAGUUCCCCGCACCUCACCGCAUGGCUGCUGCAUGGCUGAAUGGCAAGGAAGAAUGGUGCUCAGAGGCUGUCCAACAAGUCGUACUCAGCAGUCAGAAGUUCUCCACUAGGACGAUCUGCUUAGCAAAAUGGAAGAGGUUCGAUCUGGUCCAUGGCCCACGGGACCCAACCAACAGAGGCUUCCAUCCAGGACAUCUUGGAGUUACCUGCAACAUCUUCAGAAAUCAGGCCUUGUGCUCAGUUCACUGAGAGCGCAUUUGGCAGCGAUAUCAGGUUCCAUCCCCUGAUUCGAGGGAAGGUCAUUUUUCCCACUGCCACGGUGAUGAGAUUUCUGAAGGGGAAUCUCUCCUUACAUCCUCCAGUCUGAGAACCGGUUCCCUGGUGGGACCUGAACUCGGUUGUGACAGCUCUGAUGGGCCCUCCGUUUGAGCCCCUUGUGUCCUGUCUGCUGCCUCUCCUGUCUCAGAAAACAGCGUGCUUGAUAGUCAUCACUUCAGCAAGAAGGAUGUGCGAGUUGCAGGCCCUAAUGGCUGAGCUGUCUUACGCUCAGUUCUCCAAAGACGAGGUAACGCUGUGACCACACACACAGUUUUUAUUCAAGGGGGUGUCUCUGGUUUAUCUAAAUCAGGCAGUGUAUUUACCUGCUCUCUUCCCUGGAAGAACACUGCAUCCACACUCUGGCUGUCUGGCGAUAUCUAGCCUUUUUCUAGACAGGACUAAACCGUUGCAUGCUUCACCUCGCCUGUUCAGGUCAUGUGGGCUGCAUGAAGGGGCAGUUGUCUCUGCAAAGACCAUCUCUAGACGGGCAAUACCCCGUGUCAAGACUGCGUAGGAGAGAGCUUUGGUUACACACACACAUACACACCCAGCGGAUACGGGCUCACUCCAUGAGAGUGCAAGUGACUUCGGAAGUGUUCCUCAGGGACAUUUCCAUACUGGAUAUUUGCAGGGCUGCCACUUGGUCAUCCAUACCUACGUUUAGGGACCACUAUGCUAUUAUCGCCUCUUCCAGAGCGGAUGCAGGCCUUGGAAAGAUGGUCCUGCAGUCCCUAUUGCAAUAGACUCUGAGCCCCACCUCCGGAUUGGGGUACUGCUUGCGAGUCACCGAAGUGGAAUAUACACGGCUGCAUCUACUCGAAGAAGAAACGGUUACUGACUGUAACUGUGGUUCCUCGACAUGUGAUGCAGACAUGUAUUCCACAGCCCACCCUCCCUCAGCAUCACAGUCUCCUCUCAGGGGCUUCCAGAGCAAAGGAACUGAGGGGGUCAAGGUGCCACCACCUCAUAUAGCCAGGGGAGGGGCCACCGCCAUGAACCACAAGUACUGCCCCUCUACAGGCAAUGAUAGACAAGUCUCUGAUUCCGGUGCACCGGGCACGCACCCCUAGUGGAAUAUAUGUCUGCAUCUCAAUUUGAAGAGACACCAUUACAGGUUUGUUUGUUUUUUUUCCCAGAACCACCACCAGUAGCCCAUCAGUAGAGGGGAGUCUUUCUGUGAAGGACACCAGCAUGAACAGAGCCCUCAUCCCCAAAGAAAGGGAUGCACUGUUAACAUUAUUCACAGCGAUUUUUCUCCCAAAAAGUCCUGGGCCCACGUAGUCUAGAUAAAAAUGUGAAAGACCGACAGCAGCAAAGCGCCAAUGGAAAAAAUGACAAGCUCUGAAAGAUUUUCAUAGCUUUCCAAUCAGCCAUGAACAUUAACAAGGGAACAGCCAAAACAGUAUGUCCUAGCUCCCAUAAAAUAUCCUGCAGCAUCCCCAGGCCUCACAAUGACCCUUAUCACAAGGACUGUAUGGAAUUGUCUGUUACUGAGUUGGUUGUGACUUGCGGGAUUGAUGUCAUUGGUAACAAGGGACGGGGCUAGAAGUUGGGAUAAGAUUAUUGCCAAAGGUCUCCCAACAGCUGUUGGUGGCUAGGGUCUGCAUGCUGCACUAGAUAAAGCCUCUAAAGCAAAAACAAUUCUAAGCUGUCUGUUUUUUACUGAUAAUAAAUCACUGUUAAAACAAGA